AUGAAGGUGAUCCUUCUGACUGCUGCUCUUCUUGCUUUGGUGUCUGUGACCUGGUUGAAGGCAGUGUGGCUGGGAAGGCUGGACCCUAAGCAGCUCCUCGGGCCCUGGUACAUCCUGGCCAUGGCCUCCCAUGCAAAGGACUUCAUGUUGGAGAAGGGCAUGAAGAAUGUGGAAGGUGUCGUGGUGACUCUUACUCCAGAUAACAAAUUGAGAGUUCAGUCUUCUCGGCAUGGGCUAGAUGGGUGUCAUCAGAGCACGGUGGAGCUGCUGAAGCAAGAUUCCCGAUGGGUGUUUGAGAAUCCCUCUCUGGGUGUAUUGGAUUAUCGGGUACUGGGCACUAACUUCAAAGACUACGCUGUCAUCUUCACACAGCUGGAAUUUGGGGAUGAGGUCUUCAACACAGUGGAGUUGUACAGUCGAACUGAGGUGGCCAGCCACGAAGCCGUUCAGCUGUUCACGAAAUGGAGCCAUGGUCUGGGCUUCUUGUCUCAACAGCAGGCCCAGCUGCAGAGGGACUUCACUUGUGCACACAAGAUCCUCCGGGAAGGCCACCUUUCUGUGCAUCACUCUCGGCUCCCUGGGGAGCAGGAGGAGCCUGGGGCUCUGGGUGGACCAUCUCCAAAGCCUGUGUAGCCCAUGUGGGGACGAUGGCUAACAUGAGCUCGACCACAACACCUGCCCUGGUUUUUAGUGAGCGUCACACCCGAGAGAUGGCACCGCAGCAUCCUGGCAUCCUGGUGGAGAUGUGCAGGCACUGUCUUUGCACAGUGGCUGGUGGUACUGGUGUUGGUCAGUUGCUCCCCUAGGCUCUCGCUUGGGUUAAAAUAAAGUGAUUUUACAAGUAAA